CGAGUCGACCGUUCGACUGCAACGGCGGCGUUCCAGACGGGAUACGCAACCCAGCUUGAACGCGACUCGAACAUCCACAUAGCCAGUGUACUAGGAGAGCAGCUACGCCAAUUCUUCGGGUUGCGAAAAAUUUGACAGCGAGUCGCCGCGGUCUUCGAUACGAUGGCCUCUCUUGUGAUUGAGAACCCGAGAUUGCAAACAGAGUUCCUAGAAUUCCUGCAACAAAAGCUAUCAAAUGUAGAGUCACAGCUAUCUGACUCGGAGAAGGACAAGGUCCAGCUGCGGACUGCGUUGGUACAGGUAGAAGACGAACUUGCCGGGACAAGAUCUGCUCUUGAGGAAGUGCGUCGGAACAAGGUUGAGAACACGUUUUUGCAGAGAUCAGAAUUACUAGCCACCACGGAACGCCAUCUGGCAGAUGCGAAAGCAAAGUUACAAUCAAUGGAAGCUGAACGAGAACAAACACGGGACAAGAUCAAGCGGCUUCAGCGGCACAAGGAUACCGAACUUGAAGUGCUGCGCAACGAGGUCACGAAACUGAAGGAGGCGGCUGAACUGCAAGAGACGCAAAGCUCACAAACGCUGAAUGACUUACAGGGGCAGCUAUCUGCGGCUCAAACGGCCUUUGAAGAAGCUGUCACAGCUCGCAAUGCGGCCGUUGCCGCUGGGGCAGAGAAACAAGAGCUGAUAAAUGAGAUGUCCAAUAAGCUCAGUAAUGCGCAACAGUUUGUAUUGCUUAGAGAUAAGCUUCUUGGCUCACCCGCUCCGGAGAAUAUGGCCAAUCAUUUGCCGUGUCCCGUCCCCUCUGGUAUCUUAUGGCCCAAGGUGUUCAUACGGAUGAUGAAGUUUCGCGAGACUGAACAGUCUGCGGCAUCGCCUGCGCCAUGGUAUUCCCUCCGCUUGAGAGACAAACACCUGGUGCCACUUCGGAACUCCCAUCACGCCCUCACCGUUGACCCCAUGCAUCGGUAUGAAUCCAGUGUUCGCGACCGGAAGUUCACGUCGUAUCCGUCCGGAUCCCAGCCUCGGCGGGAUGGAAGAUAUGAAGUCUUUCAUGAACAUGGUGGUAAGAUAUACUAUAUGGGUACAUUUCUGCCUUUGGGCAGUCUACAGAAUGUUGAAUUGGACCAUAUGCAGUUGGAUUCUUACUGUGCUCACGGGAGCGCGGUACUAGUGUCUUGGCUAGCACAAGAGACAGCUGGCUCGGCGCCUUCCGGGAACGCUGUCAGGACUGCCCUCCCUGAGAUGUACCGGAAGGGCUUCAUGCGGUUGAAUGUGACUGGCCUGCAAUGUGUUGGCUUUAAC